ACAAGGCAGCAGCGGAGUCAGGGAAAGAGAGUACCUGGGCUGUCGGCGCACAGCAGCAAACACCGAUAGCUCCGCAUGCAGCAGUCUGCGAACCCAGCGUGGCGUCCAGAUUUUCGGUGCCAGUUGUAUUUUUCAUACCUCCAGCGAGUGUCCACUUCUAUGUCACAAUGAGCUGCAGCAGCGUUGCAGAGUCUGAGUUUUCGGAGGAAGAGUUGGAGCUUGGUGCACUCAGCCAAAGUAAGGGCGAUGGAAGUCCAAAGACGUCAUUUCAAGACAGCGAGAGCUCAACAAGCAGUCCGAGCGACCCAGAGGAGGGUCAGACCAAAAAGCGCAACAGACCAGUCCGCUCCAAAGCUCGACGGGUGGCAGCCAACGUUCGUGAGCGAAAACGCAUCAUGGACUACAACCAGGCCUUCAAUGCCCUACGGGUCGCUUUAAAUCAUGACCUUUGUGGCAAGCGACUCUCAAAGAUUGCCACACUGCAAAGGGCCAUUAAUCGCAUCUCUGCUCUCUCUGUAUUCCUGAGCACAAACCCUCCCAGCAAGCCUUGCACCCAUCAGGAGUGCAAAAGGUCAACUGCAGGACCAGCAGUGAUGGCGGUAUCUCGACUUGAGCCGACCAAAGGUACGGUCCCCCGCCUGGAACAUCAAAGUUACGCUCCCUGGCAAGCAUCCAUCUCCCAUCAGAUGCAGGCACAAGAGGGUCCGCACAUGCACAGGCUCCCUAUGGAACCACAUGUCUACAUGGAUAACGGUGUGUCGUCAUGCCCCCCUUCACCACACUACCCUUGUUAUCCUACGGAGGGACAGCUUUACGCCUCACACGGCCACUGUGGCAGCCCUCAUGACUAUCCGCCUAGCCCACUGCGAUACUCUCAGGUGGGUGACGGGUUGGGGUACCAACCCGGAAUGUGGGGCUCCUGCACUCAAGGGUACAUAGACGCUUUUGUAGAGCCGUCUCCAGCUUUGGGACAUCCCUGGCAGAUGAACUUUUGGCAGGAGCACGAGCACAACCUCUCCACUGGCUCAGACAUACUGUAACAGGAAACUGGGAGCUCUUACACGGGACACCACGAGACAGUUGAAUGAUCUCAGGAAAGAAUUUGAUUUUUUUGAUUUUUUUUGCUUCUGGUGAUCGAAUCAACUCAGUAUUACAAUAAACCUUAGGCAAAUAUAAUUAACAUUUUUAAAUCAACAUGCAAUGAUCAUCUGCAGAAAAUUAUGUUUCAAUCUUGAUCACACAAAAUGGUGUCAUUGUUAGUCACUUCACAAUACAAAACUGAAUUAUUUAAAUGUUAUUUUUUAUACUUUUUUUUAUGGCAAAGAGCCUCUUAACACAUUAGUCAACAUUUUAAAAAAGUAUUUAUUUAC